AUGAAGUCUAUAGUCGCCCAAGUUGGCCUCCUGGGGUUGUUCAUUGCAGUUGCCGCCCAGAGCGCUACAAUAUCUACGCAAAAUGCACUUUGUACCCAAUACGCCUAUGCCUCACAGGAUGGAUAUGAUAUUCUGAAUAACCUCUGGGGUAUGGAUACAGCGACAUCUGGGUCCCAGUGCACGUAUUAUUACGGUGUUGCAAGUGGCGGUGGUGUCGUCGAGAACAAUGUCAAGAGCUACGCAUAUGCCGGUCGUCAGUUCACGCGACCACUGAUCAGCAAUGUCAAGUCGCUGCCCACAACAGCCAUUUGGUCCUACUUUGGAACCGAUAUUCGUGCCAACGUGGCGUACGAUUUGUUUACUCACCCAGAUGCAAACCACGUCAACUACAACGGGGAGUAUGAGUUGAUGAUUUGGCUGAACCGUUAUGGCGGCGUGUGGCCUAUCACGGAAAGCGGCUCAGCUCUGGAGACCAUAACGCUUGCCGGCCAUUCGUUUGACCUGUACUUUGGAUACAACGGGGAUAUGAAAGUCUACAGUUUCGUGGUUUCAGACGCGGCCAUUGGAAAUUUCUCUGGAGAUAUCUUAGACUUCUUCAAUUACCUUGCCGACAACUACUCCUUCCCGAUCAGCCAGCAGUAUUUGCUUAUUGAUCAAUUCGGUUCGGAAGGAUUCACGGGCACCAACGCUACGUUCACUGUAUCGCGAUUCCAGGCUGAGGUCAAUAUUUGAGCCAAGCCGGUAGCCCAAGCCGAGCUAUAUAUAGGGCAGAGAGUGUACUAGGUAUAUGUACACGACAAAUUACUAGGGUUGGUUCUAUCAGUU